UAACAAUUAAUAAAAAAAGACAAAAUCCUAAGAAAAAGGGUAGACGUCCUAAAACUAAGAAGUUUGACCAUUGUAGGGAUUGAAAUCGUUGAAAAAAGCAAGAAUUAUUGAGAAUCAUACAUUCCCACAAAAUAAUCGCAGAGCGUUGCGAAGAAAAAAAUGUAUAAAUAGGUAGCAGGAUCACGCGCAAUUUCUAAUACUUGCCGGAGUUGGUUGCAUUUUUUUCUUCUCUUUGCGAGAAAAAAAGGACGGGUUGAACAAUUCCUCAGUCAAACCCUCCUUUUUUUCUCCGGUGCCGGCCGCCGAUCAAUCUCCCCUCGUUCGGCUCCGGCGAGCUAGAGAAAGAAAAGAUCUUUCGCCUCUGCCCGAUUUUAUCUUUAAUUUUAUUACCUGUAAUCGUAUGAUGGAUAGAAUGUUUAAUAAGCUGCGGAAUUUGGACGCGUACCCCAAGGUGAAUGAAGAUUUCUACAGCCGUUCGCUAUCUGGUGGCGUUAUCACCCUCGUUUCCUCUUUCUUCAUUGCCUUGCUCGUCGUCUCGGAAUUUAGAUUAUACCUCCACACGGUUACAGAUACACAGCUUGUGGUAGACACGUCUAGGGGAGGAAAAUUACGCAUCAAUUUUGAUGUAACAUUUCCUUCCGUUCCAUGCACGUUGCUGAGUCUUGAUGCCAUGGAUAUCAGUGGGGAGCAACAUCUAGACAUUAGACAUGACAUUAUGAAGAAGAGAAUUAAUUCCGAUGGCAAUGUGAUAGAAGUGAGGCAAGAUGGAAUUGGAGCACCCAAGAUUGAGAAGCCUUUGCAGAAACAUGGUGGCAGGCUUGAGCACAAUGAGACAUACUGCGGUUCAUGUUUUGGUGCAGAAACGUCUGAUGAUCACUGCUGCAAUUCCUGUGAAGAGGUUCGUGAAGCAUAUCGUAAGAGAGGCUGGGGAAUGACAGAUCCCGAUUUGAUUGAUCAGUGCAAACGAGAAGGUUUUGUUCAGAAAGUGAAAGAGGAAGAAGGUGAGGGAUGUAAUAUACAUGGCUCUCUGGAGGUUAACAAAGUAGCUGGGAAUUUUCAUUUUGCCCCCGGGAAAAGCAUUCAUCACUCAAGUAUGAAUCUGCUCGACUUGCUAGCUUUACAGACAGAGAGUUAUAAUAUAAGCCACAAAAUUAACAAGUUAUCUUUUGGGGAUGCUAUUCCUGGGAUCGUAAACCCUCUGGAUGCGGUGCAAUGGGAGCAAACAUCACCAAAUGGUGUGUAUCAGUAUUUUAUCAAGGUGGUUCCGACCAUAUACACUGACAUUAGAGGGCACACAAUCCAGUCAAAUCAGUUCUCAGUCACUGAACACUUCAAGAAUUCUGAAAUGGACCACUACAGAUCGCCCCCCGGAGUUUUCUUCUUUUACGAUCUGUCUCCUAUAAAGGUCACUUACACCGAGGAGCAUGCAUCAUUCCUACACUUCUUGACACAUAUCUGUGCCAUAGUAGGAGGUGUAUUCACAGUAGCCGGGAUAGUCGAUUCCUUCGUUUACCACGGUAAGAAGGCGCUAAAGAAGAAAGUAGAAUUAGGGAAACUCAGAUGAUGUCUGCUGUUGUCAUGAAAUGAUGAAAAGGCAGCGAAGUGCUUGACAUGACUACUCUCUUGUUUCACUCAUGAUCAUCAAAAUGUGUUGACAAAUGCUGUGCUAGGAGCCAUCUUCCAAUUCCUGCUCUUUUCUCGACAAUUUUGCCCUUUUUUUGUAGUAAUUGAUUUUGUUCAUUUUUACUCAACAUUUUCAGAAUAUAGAGAGCUCUGCGUUUUUCACUUGCAAA